AUGGAGAUGUAUGGUACUGUGCACGGUGCUGAUAUUUAUUGGGCGUUAGGGGCUUUUUAUUUAUGAUGCGCUGCCACACGUAGAAGGCUCUUUGGGAUGUUACAGGUUUUGGGCUUAGUGAAUUAUGGCAUUUUAAGACUCUAGUGAUCUGAAGGAGAUGUAUCUGACUCGUAGGAAGCCAGCUUUGUACCUCAGAGAGGACAGCAGGUCUGGCUUAUUUCUGGGGAUUCUGCCUAGGAAAUGCAGCAUCUUCAACCUAUUCCUGAUCUGCUUGUUUCUUGGUUUCCUAUCCAUGCUUUGGCUCCAGCUUAGCUGCACAGGUGAUAUCAAUAAGCAAGAACCCCAAAAGUCCUGUCCACAGGCCCCGCGGGCCGUGAAUGAAGAUCCAUCGUGGGGUCCCCACCGUCUUGCUCUACUGAUUCCCUUUAGAGAACGAUUUGAGGAACUCCUGAGCUUUGUUCCCCACAUGCACCAGUACCUGUCCCAGAAGAAAAUUCUCCAUCAUAUUUUUGUUAUCAAUCAAGUGGAUCAUUUUAGAUUUAAUAGAGCUUCACUGAUAAAUGUGGGCUUUUUAGAGAGUGGGAAUGAGACAGACUACAUUGCAAUGCAUGAUGUGGACCUGCUACCUCUUAACCCUGAUCUGGACUAUGGAUUCCCAGAGAAGGGACCCUUCCACGUAGCCUCUCCAGAGCUGCACCCCCUGUAUCAUUACAAGACCUAUGUGGGAGGGAUUCUACUCCUUACUAAGCAGCAUUAUGAAAUGUGUAAUGGGAUGUCUAACCGGUUUUGGGGAUGGGGUCGUGAAGAUGAUGAGUUUUACCGCAGAAUCAAAGGAGCUGGACUUCAGCUUUUGCGUCCUACUGGAAUAAGCACAGGAUACCAAACUUUCCGCCAUAUACAUGAUCCAGCUUGGAGAAAACGAGACCAGAAAAGGAUUGCAUCUCAAAAACAGGAACAGUUUAAAGUGGACCGUGAGGGAGGUCUUCACAAUGUCCGGUAUCGCGUGGAUUCUCGCACUGAGAUCACCAUUGGUGGUGCACCCUGCACUGUGUUAAACGUGCUACUGGAAUGUGACUUAAAUGAGACUCCAUGGUGUGUCUUGAACUGAUUUUCUUUUUUUUUUUAAACUCUCCAGUGGCUUUGAGUAAAGUCACUUCCUAGAUGCACAUUGUGAAUCUGUAGCUAUCAAUAUUCAAAGUACUAGAAUUUUUAUAUAUUAUAAUAAAACAUUGAUAAAUA